AUGGGUCUCAUUUUCAACAUCGCCCUUGCGAUCUUCGCCGGCACGGGCAGCUUCCUCUUCGGAUAUGAUUCCGGAGUGAUGACAAUUGUCAUUCAAUCCCCAAACUUUCUUGAGUUUUUCGACACAAAGAAAACAUCUCCAGUCAUUGGAGCCAUCAACGCAACUUUCUCAGGCGGAGCGUUCUUUGGUUCGAUGAUGGGAGGAUUCACGAUGGACAGAUUCGGCCGCAGGAAAACGAUCAUGAUGGGUGCUUUCAUAAACUUGAUUGGAGCGAUACUUCAAUGCGCUGCUCAAGAUCUCGCUAUGAUUCUCGUUGGACGAAUCUUGGCUGGGUGGGCAGUAGGUUUGAUGUCCAUGUCUGUCCCGAUUUACCAGACUGAAUGUGCUCAUCCUAAAACACGAGGUCUCAUAACUGGUCUUACCCAGCAAAUGAUUGGUGUAGGUUUCAUUGUCUCGACAUGGGUUGGUUACGGCUCCUCGAAAGUGCCCGCAACGUCGUCGUUCUCUUGGCGCUUUCCACUUGCCUUCCAAUGCAUCCCGUGUCUCAUCAUUCUAUGCGGUAUGCUGUUCUUCCCCGAAUCACCGAGGUACCUGGUCGAGAUCGAUCGUGCAGACGACGCUCUGAGGGUACUCAAGAAACUGCACUACGAUGGCACGAACGGCGAAUGGAUCCAGAACGAAUUCAAUGAAAUCAAAUUGACUAUUGACGCUGAGAAGGCGAUUACAGCGCCGGGCUGGAAGGUCAUGUUCACCGUCCCGGUAUGGCGGAAGAGACUCAUGCAUGCUACCCUGGUCCAGGUGUUUACGCAGAUGACUGGCAUCAACGUCAUAGGCUACUACUCCACCAUUCUCUACGAGAAUUUGGGCAUAGUCGGAGACCGCAACCUUCUCGUCACCAGCAUCUACAACGUCGUCGGUCCUAUAUUCAACCUGUUCUUCAUCGUCUUCCUUCUCGAUCGCGUAGGUCGCAAGAAACCGCUUCUCUUCGGCACGAUCGGUAUUACCAUCGCCCUUGUCUGCGAGGCAAUCAUCGGAUCUCAGGUUGAAGGCGCUACCGGUUCCCGAAGAGAUUCGCUAUCUGCUGCUGGAGUCUUCUUCUUGUUCCUAGUGUCAUGCAUCUUCAGUAUGUCGUUUGGCCCGAUCUCCUGGGUAUAUGCCAGCGAAAUCCUUCCACUGAGUAUUCGUGGGCGUGGAUCUGCCUUUGCGACUGCUUUCGGUAACUGGCUUGUUGGAACAGUGUGGAGUCAGGUGUCACCGAUUGGGCUGGGUGAGAUCACUUACAAGUUCUACUUCAUCUUCGUGGCCUUCAACGUCUGUGUUACAUUCCCCACCAUCUGGUUCGUGUUCAAGGAAACCAAGCAGCUUACACUUGAGGAGAUCGAUCUGCUGUUUGGUGAUCGUGCGCUCGGUACGCUCCCAGACAACUUGGACGAUAAGCAAAGGGAGAUAGAGCUGGAGAGGAUCAAUGCUGCGAAGCAGAAGCUUGCUGGCUCGAAUGUGACUGCUGUACACUAG